AUGGCCAGAACCAAGCAGACAGCCCGUAAGUCCACUGGUGGCAAGGCCCCCCGUAAGCAGCUCGCUUCCAAGGCUGCCCGCAAGGCCGCCCCUUCGACCGGUGGUGUCAAGAAGCCUCACCGCUACAAGCCUGGUACCGUCGCUCUCCGUGAGAUCCGUCGCUACCAGAAGUCCACCGAGCUCUUGAUCCGCAAGCUCCCCUUCCAGCGUCUCGUCCGUGAAAUCGCUCAGGACUUCAAGUCGGACCUCCGUUUCCAGUCCUCCGCCAUUGGUGCUCUUCAGGAGUCCGUUGAGGCCUACCUCGUCUCCCUCUUUGAAGACACCAACCUGUGCGCCAUCCACGCCAAGCGUGUCACCAUCCAGUCCAAGGACAUCCAGCUCGCCCGCCGUCUCCGUGGUGAGCGCUCUUAG